AUGAAUUUUUUACGAGAUACUCAGGUUGCUACUUCUAGUAGAGGCUGAAAUUAAUCAUCCUCACACUACAAUGUAAAUUUGACCCAGACAGUUAGCCACUGUUUCAGUCGUCACGAUGCCAUGCUACAAAGCUCAGACUCUCCCACUCAACAAUCAGAUUCAGAAAAAAGAAAUUCACAAAGACAAGAGUCUCUGCAAUCGAGCUCUAAUAUCACAAAUCCAAAAUCACUACUUUAUGGAAAAAAUUUGACAGGGCUGCUUUCAGUAGCUGACAUUAGAAACCUAACACCCCUUAAUCUUUUUCCAAACCUUGAGGAGAAUAUAUUUGAUGAAAUUAAUCUUGUUCUGGCUUUGGAGGAAGGAUUUGCUGCUGUAGUAGUUUCCUAGCACUUUGGGGAGACUGACUCAGAUUCUAGAUUGUCUUUAAAUUCAAGUCAUAGCACCACUUCUCUGAUUUGUUGUGUUAUUGAGCCUGCUAUGAAGGUGUCUGUUGAAUUCAGUAGUGGUGCUAAAUCUGUUUACCCAUAUGGCUUAGGAAUUGUUGAUGGUCAUUGCCAAAAAUACACUAAAUAUGGCUGUGUGAAUUAUCAAGGCAAUUCAGAGUGCUCUAGAGAAGCAACACCAGCUGUGCUUCAUAAUAACUACACUUGCAAUCAGCUGCCAAGUCAAUCAGUAUCCACUUCAGAGCCUCAUCAGCAGAUGCAGAUGGAAUUCAAAGUAAUGGAUAGGUGCUGUAAUUCUACUGACCAGAACCUUAACUGUGAUGAACAUCAGGCAACAGCUCUGAGAAUUCCAUUUUCAGUUCACAAAAUUGUGAGUAUGCCUGUUGACUCCUUCAACAGCACAUUAGCAAAAAACAGAUCUGCAGAUACUCAGGUGUCACUAAUACACAAUGAAAGAUGGAGGGGAAAGAACAAAAUUGCUACCCGGAAUUGACACAAACAUAAGCUGGAUGUGAUUCUUGGAAGAUGUUGUUAUGACAUUUUCAGUAGCUAAAGGGAUGACCAGGAUAGACCUGCUAACGUACGCCAAUAUGCCAUUCGUUGCAGUAGUGAUGGCAGCAUUUUCCGAAUAUCUACACACUAGGUCAAAUCAGAACAUAAACAAGAUAACCAGAAAGAAUAGAAACAGAACUGAAAUACAUUAAGAUCAGUUAAGAUUUUAUUUCUCUCAACAAAUGAUGAAUAUACUGGUUUGAAGACCUCUUACGUCAGCAGGGCAAACAGAAAAGACUAAUUAAACUUGAACAGGAAACUACAUGUUUAAGGGUUUGGCAAAUACAGCAAGUUGUCAUCUGUUAGAAACUGUAGGAGUUAAGACUUCUGAAUAAGGUCAUCUAUUUAGUUUUAAUUAAAUAAAGUUUCUUUAAGAAGCCAGGAGGCUAUUGCAUUUGCCUCAUCUUUCACAGUCAUAGUUCCAAGCAAACCCAAUGUACUAAUUAAUUUUAUAACUAGCGUGGUAGUAUUCUGAAAAAUUAGUAUCUAACUCAAUGUUGUCUUAGCAUGGUUGUCUGCAACCAUACCAUUCUUAAGCUUCUUGUGUGAAAGUUUGCAAUGUUGUACAAGUUCCUAUUUUGUUUCCUAGUCCCUGAUACAUUUACUUGCGUGACUUCCCUUUCCCUUCCUUUCCUUUUCCAGGUGAAUAGAUACCUAGGUAUUUCCCUAAAGGGGAAUAUUAGUGUUUUCCUUCUUAGCUUUUUUAAGGUGGUGUUUUGUAAGCACCUUCAACUUGUGAAUUAAAAAAAAGUUCCCUUUUCCCAAGAUCUUUUAAGUAAAUUAAAUUUUACUAAAUUGUUUUUCUGUACUUGUGAUAAUGAGAUCUCAUUCCUUCAGAUGAUGGCAAAAAUGAAGAGAUUUACUAGCUUUUGGUUUUGAUGUGAAUUUAUUUGUUCUAUAGAAAAAGACACUUGACUUACAUACUUAUUCACAAUGGUUCAUCCUUUUGUAUUUUAUAUCCUGAAAAAGGACUGCCAAAAAGAUGGCCUAAAAGAGAAAUAGGCAUGUAAUGAUGAGAAAGAAAGGUUAAGGAAGAGGCAUGCAAGUUCAUAAGGCAUUAAAAUCCUUACUAGUACUAACAGUUACAUAGCAACACACACUUUUACGAAUCCUGUAAAACUCUUUAAAAAGAAAAAUCAGUUGUGGCACAAUCACAAUGUACCAACUCUGUGACCAAGUAUGUUUAAAAAAGAUACUUGCAUUAAACACAUGGGAACUUCUAUUCAUACACACAAAAAUUUAAUGCCAAAUGAUUUCUUUAAGAGACAGGAACUGUGCCCCAUCACGUAAAUCAUAUUGAAUUUGUGUGAACUUGGGUUUACAGUAAAUAGGAGAUGCAAAGCUAUCAAUUCACGUUUUGUAAAAAUGAAGGACUGCUUCAUAGUGAAAAGUGUGCUGAAUUGUUGAAAAUGGCUUUUUUUUUAUGUAUGUGUUUUUCUCCUUACAUCAGGCAAUUUCACCACAUCCUAGACCUGACGUGGGAAGUUGAUAGAGGAAGCUUUAGUGAGACCCUUUAGGUUCUUGAUGUUAGCUAAGAAACACUGAAGCACCAUCCUCCUGAAAUAGUAUUUACAAGGAGUUUCUUUAAUCAGUUUAUGGUUUAAAUCAAAGCGUGCAACAGAUACAUGUGAUGAAUUGUGAAUUUUAUUUCCAGAUCCCCAAAAGAUUUCUUACAUGAGGAAGUCAGCAUGUGACACAUCUUUAAAUUAAAC